AUUUUUCACACUUCUUUUUUCUAUUGAUUUCCAGCGCCUUUUUUUUUAUUUAUUUAUUUUUAUAAUUGGUUGAUCUACAAGUCCCUUAUAUAUAUAAAUAUAUAUAUAUAACAUACAUAUAUAUAGGGUUAUGACCUACUUGGGUUCUCUUGCCGAUUGGUAUCAUGAAAGGCGUUGGAGGAAAACUCAUAAAAAUGAUAUCCACACCACUUCUGCCAGAGAUGAAAAUUAUGAAGAAGUCAUGUCCCGUCGAAGUAGUGCCGUCUCGAUGGGAUCGACGCCGGGGCCCGGUUUGGCACCACGUAGACACAGCUCUACCCAGUCCAAAGCAUCACGACGCCCUUCUUCGAGAGGGCUUCGACGUUCCAGCACUCGAGUCAAGUUAAGGCGGAUUCCCGAAGGUGGUCGUCGUGUCUUUGUCAACCUCCCUUUACCGAAAUACGAGAUCGACAAACACGGACGACCCAAACAAACCUACGUCUCCAACAAAAUUCGCACCUCCAAGUAUACACUUCUCACCUUUGUUCCUAAGAAUCUGUUUGAACAGUUUCGACGAGCCGCCAACAUUUAUUUCUUAUUCAUGGCUAUAUUACAACUUUUACCCUAUUUUGGCGUCAAGUCACCGGCACUCACGCUCUUACCCAUUUGUGCCGUGGUUGCCAUUAGCGCCAUUAAGGACGGGUUCGAAGACUGGCAACGUCACAAGGUGGAUGCUCGUUUCAACGGGACACCCACUCAUACCCUCAUAGGUUACGACAACCCCAAUUAUCCCGCUCACGAUAACCAACACACGCCUUGGUAUACUUUUCAAAAACAUGCACCUUUACCGAUCGGCCACGACGAAAAUCAAGAUCCCAACUUACGAGGAGUAUUCAACCAAUCAUUAUCCAUGAACGUACGAGUCGGUGAUCUCAUUCUACUGCGCAACGGCGACAGCUGCCCCGCUGACGCGGUAUUGCUGUCCAGCUCCGACGAAACUGGUCUGUGUUUUGUCGAAACUAAGGAUCUCGACGGAGAGACCAACCUCAAACCUCGUCAUGGCGUACCUGCCUUCACCCACAUUCAGUCAGGUCAGCAAUGUCUCGAUCAGUGUCACUUUUACGUCGAAUGUGGAGCGCCGUCGCCGGAUCUCUAUUCGUUUGAAGGCACGCUCGUCAAACUCACCCAACUCGCCCAAGACGACAACGCCCGUUUUUCUGAAGAAACCAAAGUGCCACUCACCAUUGAUAACAUGCUGCUCCGUGGACAUGUGAUUCGAAAUACCGAAUGGGCAAUCGCUGCCAUUAUUUUCACUGGCACAGAUACGAGGAUCAUGCUGAAUUCGGGCGAGACGCCGAGCAAGCGGAGUCAAAUUGAAAAGGAGAUGAAUGAAGAGGUCCUCAUUGCAUUUUUGGUCUUGUUUAUUCUUUGUCUCGUCUGUGCCAUCAUGGCCGGGGUCCAAAAGGCGAGUGAUGACCGUGACGCUGCGUCGCAAUUGUAUACCAGGCAAUCGGGAUCACCAGCAUUUGUGGGUUUCACGAAUUUCUGGGCGAGCUUGAUUAUUUUCCAGAAUAUUAUUCCCAUUUCUCUUUACGUAUCUAUCGAAUUCAUCAAGACGCUUCAGGCGUAUUUUAUUUGGAAUGACUUGGAUAUGUGGGACGAGGAAUCAGAAAAGCGUUGCAUUCCCAAAUCGUGGAAUUUAUCUGAUGAUCUGGGUCAAAUUGAAUACAUCUUUUCGGACAAAACGGGCACGCUUACGAGAAAUAUUAUGGAAUUUCGCGAAUGUUCUAUUGGAGGACAAAAGUACGGAGAUAACGGAUUUGCCAAGGAAACGGAAGGCGCUAGAGGUGCAAGAUUACGUAAAGAGCAACAGCAACAACAACAAGGGCAGCAGCAGCAGCCGUUUCCCAACGCGGAUGCUGCAGAACUCGGCACAGCCAAACAAAAGGAAAUAUCCGAAAAGGAAGACGAGCAGAGGCAAAUGCUGGAACAUGUACAAAAACGAAACGCCAUCUUCCAGGAAUACGAGAAAACAAUGCGCUCCAUUUUCACUCCUCAGUACGCUUCUCUAGAUCCUGAACGGUUAUCCUUUGCCGAUCCCCGCGUUUUUCAUGAUCUGCAACCAGAUUCCAAGUCCGAAAACGCUAACGCCUCACGUCAGCGACAAUUGGUCCAAGAAUUCUUUUUACUGUUGUCAUUAUGUCAUACCGUCAUUGUGGAAAAAUUAGACGCUGAAGGAAGGCCGAUGAUGAAGGAUGCACCAGAUGAUGUCAAUGAUGAAGAGGUAGGCGAAAAAGUGCAGCCCCAAGUGCUGGAGAAUGAGGAAUCGGAGCCGUCAAAAUCCAUGGAGGAUCAAAACGCGCGCAACAAUACCAAGAAAUCGUCUUCAACGUCGUCAUCGUUACGUCAAACAAUUUCCAAACCGCAUCAAUGGUUUCGAAGCUUAUUUCGACGAUCUCCGAAACAGGCCCCCGAACCGCCUUUGCGACGACACAGCAGCCGUGUCGAAACCAUUGCAAGCGCCAAUCGACUGAAAAAUCUGGACAACACCGUCAUCCAGCAUCUUGAAUAUAAAGCCGAGUCACCUGACGAGGCCGCAUUGGUGGGCGCUGCAAAGGAUAUCGGAUUUGCAUUUGUACAGCGGAAUCGAACAAAGCUCACGAUGAAUAUGCUUGGCCAAGACUACGAAUUUGAAUUGCUCAACGUGCUCGAGUUCAAUUCCACACGCAAACGCAUGAGUGUCAUCUUACGUCGACCGGCUCCCUGGAACGAUAUUGUCUUGUACUGCAAAGGAGCCGACAAUGUGGUCAUGGAACGCUUGGCCAAACAGGGCCAAGAAGACAUUAUCCGAAACACGCAAGAUCAUAUCGACCAGUUUUCCAACGACGGUUUGAGAACGCUGGUCAUUGCUUGGCGCACCAUGGAUGAGAACGAGUAUCAAAAGUGGAAUGAGGCAAUGGAGAAUGCCAACACGGCCGUCGAAGGCCGUCAGGAGAAAAUGGAAGUGCUCCAAGACAGGAUUGAGCGUGAUCUGAUUCUUUUGGGAGCUACUGGUAUCGAGGAUAAACUGCAGGAAGGUGUGCCGCAAUGCAUCGAAAAUCUGCGCAUAGCCGGGAUCAAGAUCUGGGUGCUUACCGGUGAUAAGCUGGAAACGGCCAUCAACAUUGGUUAUGCAAGCAAUCUUUUGGACAGCGAAAUGAAGUUGUGGACCGUGCGUGGCAGCGACAAUGCCGAUGAUGUCAUUCAAGAACUCGAGCAAGUGGCAGACGGGAUCAAUAAAAGCGAUCAAGAUACCUCGCAAGAACACGCGCUCAUCAUUGAAGGUUCUGCGCUAGCCCAUGCAUUCAACUCGGAUGAAAAUAAAGCCAAAUUGCUCGAGAUAGGCUUACUGUGUAAAAGCGUCAUCUGUUGCCGCGUCAGUCCUCUCCAAAAAGCACUGGUCGUCGAACUUGUACGUCGAGGUCAAGGCGCCGUUACCUUGGCCGUUGGCGAUGGCGCCAACGAUGUCAGCAUGAUUCAAGCCGCCAAUGUCGGCGUUGGUAUUGCAGGCCAAGAAGGCGUGCAAGCGUCCAUGGCCUCCGACUACGCCAUCGCCCAGUUUCGAUUCCUGCAAAAGCUAUUAUUGGUUCAAGGCCACUGGAGCUACGAGCGUGUGGCGGAAGGCAUUCUGAAUUUCUUUUUCAAGAAUAUCUUUUGGGUAUUUCCUUCGCUGUGGUAUCAGAUCUACAGUCGGUUCUCCGGGAACAUCUUUUAUGACUACUCAUUCCUGCAAUUGUACAAUAUCAUCUUUACCCUGGCGCCCAUCAUUGUUCUUGGCUGUACUGAUCAAGAUAUCACGGCUCCCUAUCUCAUGCGAUAUCCUACCGUUUACAAUAUUGGCAUUCGACGAAAACUGUACACCAAGUACCGAUUUUGGCUGUAUUUUGCCGAUGCUAUUUGGCAAUCGCUCGUCGUAUUCUAUGCCUUUUAUUUCUUGUAUGAAAGCGAUCCGAAUUCCAAUGGCCAUCCGGAAUCCAUGCUUCAGUUUUCCACCUCGGUGGCGGUUACUGCCAUCUUUUUGGCAAACGCUAUCCCGGGUUUCAAUACCUACUAUUGGACCUGGAUUCAGUUUCUGGCUGUUGGUAUUGAAAUGGUCAUCACGUUUCUUUGGAUUGUCGUUUAUGGCGCAUUUUCCUCCAAUUCAUUGUACGGGAUGGCAUACAUGGUGUUUGGUCAAGGAACUUUCUGGAUGACCUUUCUCAUUGCUAUCGUUCUCGCAUUUUUACCACGCUUUAUUAUCAAUUUCAUUCAUCAAUGGUGGUAUCCCAACGAAUUGCAUAUCACUCGCCAACUAGAACUGGAUGAAAAAAGAAAAAACAGAAAACGCACUUGGUACAAUCGCUGGUGUUGUUAAAGCCCCCCCCCCAACCUCCCCAUUACAGAAUCUUAUAUGCUUAAUUUCAUUCCCCAUUAUUCCACUCUGAUUUUUUUUUUCAUUUUAUUGUAUACCAUAUAUCCAUCGUAGUGCCUUUUUGUAUCAUACUUGUAUGUGUAAAAUAUCGUUAAAUUUGCUCAGCCAAAAAGAGAAAAAAAAAAAGAAAAGGACGAAAG